GGCAGGCACUGUUGAUACAAAAAACCGUUUUGCUCAAGCUGCCGUCAAGAUGUAGUCUUGGCGCCAUACCCAGGCAGUCUGCCGAACAGGGUUGAGCUUCAGGGUGGUACUGUCCCUGUGCCAUGAGUGUCGGGACCCUGGGUGAGGGACUGCUCACACAGAGCCAGGUAGCACUGCUUGAUGAGCUUACUUCCGCAAUCGGGACUGCAGACGGUAGCUGCGGCGGAGCAGAGAAGGACGCCGGAGUGGACCACGAGGGUUUUUACCAGCACUGGCGGCAUGUCAAGGCACACCACCGCUUGCUAGAGGAGAAGGAGAGACGCUCUCGAUGGAGUUGGGUAGAUCAGGUUCAGGAAGUUUGCGACGCUUCCUGCGAUGUGCUGAGCGGCCUUCUCGCUCACCUUGAAUCCCUCGACAGCCAACGGAAAGACGUGGAGCGGAAAACAACCGCAUUGCAUGAGCAAUGUGUGCAAAUGGUCCAAGACCAGGAGCAGUUGAGCAGCACCGCCGAGGCGUUGGCUGAGAGGCUUGAUUUUUUCGAUAGGGUGGCGGAUGUUGCCCGGGUCCUUGACCAAGGCGCUUUGGCUGUCUCUUCCACUGAUUCUCAGGAAGAUCUUGCUUUUGUGCUCGACCAGUUAGAUGGUUCGAUCGAGUUCUUGGAGGCGCACACCGAUUUCUGUCAGGCGCAAGCUUACCUCAAUCAGUUUGAGCAUUUGCGCAAUCGCGCAUGCAUAUCGGUGCGCUCAGCUCUCCAGAAAAGCCUGGAGAGGUCGAUUGUUGUGGUCGAGCAGCAGGUCAAGGAGAAGAUGGGUGAUGAUUCCGCCGACAUGAAGGUGUUCUACGCCCGCUUUCUCAGCGAAGGGGCGAAGUACAAGCCUUUAACGGCCCUGCUGCAAAGAAGGGUGGACGUUCACGAAACAUAUUCCGCCGAGCUUGAGCAGCUGGAAGCUUUCUACGUUCACCUGCGCGUCCGGUUAGUGACCGCACCUGUCAUAGCACAUUUGCAGUCGAUCAUGCCGAAGGAUCUGGAGAUAUCACAGCUGGCAUCUGCAACACGGCAAGCUGCUGGCUACACUCUCGAGGUGUCGUGCAAGGAGCGGGACUGCUUCGAGGCGUACUUCGAGAUUCGUCAGCCCCAAGAGGCUCUUCGCACCCUCCUGGAAGCCGUGGCCGACAUCUUCUACAGAGCGUUGAGGCCUAUGAUUCUUCAUUGCGACGAUAUCGACCCACUGCGUGAGAUCACCGACUGCUUACAACUAGAUAUAUUAGAGCCUCAGCAGGAGUCUGGCAAGGCUGACAUGAUGCCAGUACUCAGCGUGGUGUUCCGGCUGCUCAAGGAUGUUCAAGAAAAGUUGAUAUUCCAAGUGGAAAUGUACAUCCGCAUGGAGAUCCAGGGGUACGAAGUGGUUACUUCGGAUUUGGACUAUCCUGCCAUUCUGUGCACUGCGGAUCCAGCCGACGUCGGGACAACAGAGGAUGACGGCGAUGCGCAGGCUCCGAGCUCAUUUCAGCACGGGUGGUUCCCCACCAUGGAGCGGACGCUGGCCAUCUUGGCCAAGAUCUACCGCAGGCUCGAGCUGUCAACUUUUCAAGGACUGGCGCAGGAAGCCGUGGAUAUCUGCAUCAACUCCCUGAAGCAUGCAUCCGGCCUCCUCGCGCAGCGUCCUGAGCGGUCGCACGCCAUGGCCCCUCUGGUGCUGAUGAUGGACUCCCAGCUGUUCCUGAUCAAGCACCUGCUUAUACUCCGGGAGCAGGUCGCUGGCUUCGAGUGCGACCUCGUCGUCAGCGAGAAGUACUUCAACUUCUCCAACGUGUGGGAGGCGCUCAACCUGAAGCUUCCGGAUGGGCUCCUCGGCAUCCUGAAGCCGAAGAUGCAACAGUCGCAGGUUGAUAGCAAGAAGGACAUCGAGGCCGAGUUGAAGGCAGCAUGCGAGACAUUGAUCACGCACUUGACUGCUCACAUCACGCAGCCGUUGGCGGCCUUCAACCAGCAGAUAAUGGACUUCCUGGCUGGACCCGGUCGCAACAACAGGGCUUCAUUGAAGGAGCAGGCCUUCAUGUCUCAAGAGAAGCUGCGCGGUAUCGUACACGACUUCCUUUCCAAUGUCCGCGAACGUAUCCCGUUCGCAGUUGCGCACAUUCGCUUGUACCUUACGCAUGCGGGUGCCAGCCGCAGCGAUAAAAGAGGAGACAUCAGCCAUAACACAAUCUCCAUCUUGUUCAAGCCGGUGCAGAUUCGCUUGGUCGACACGUGGGGUCGCCUGGAGGGUCUGCUCGAGGAGCAGGAGAUGACCUCGGCCGAAAUCGACGCCCUGGGCUUCCUGCGGCCCGACGCGCUGAGGGAUCUCGUCUCCUCGCUCUUCAGCCAGGUGAUGGAGAUGCCCUGGCAGCAGCUCGUCGAGACCAUCUCCCAGGUGCCCCGCGCUGCCGCCCCAGUGUAUGGGGCCGCCCAGGCGGCGUUGCAGCCCGUUCCCGCGGAGCGGGCGCCACCCGCGGUGCCCUCCGCGGCGGCGGCCGCCCAGGCGGCGCCUGCCGCUGCCAGCCAGUCCCCGGCCGUGCCAGCCGCGGUGGCCGCGCCCGCCGCGGCGGCGUCGGCGCCAGG